AAUGAUGGAAGUGUUCCUAUAUAAUUCUACAGUUUGUAGAUUAUGUGGUGAAGAAAAUGAUAAUGGAACUUUACUAUACACACAUGAAGAAAAUAAUCAAAACUUAAGUGAAAUCGUUAAUACCUAUUUACCAAUUAAGGUAUCCGAUGAUGGACAACUUCCUCGUACUAUCUGUCCAGGUUGUACAAUCCAGCUAGAAGCGACUGUAGAAUUUUUCAAUCUUAUCAUUAAUGGACAGAAAAUAAUCCGUGACCUUCACCAAAGAGAAAAUGAAUAUAAGAAAAAUGUUUUGAACACUGUAACUGAAUCAGAUGUUAUUGCUGAAAAAAUUGUAUACGAAAUAAAUACUAGUGAUGGAGUGUACCAUGUUGAACAUCCCAUUAGUUUGCAAGUGGCAGGUUUGGAGAAACCAAAAAGAAAACGAGGUAGACCCUCAAAGAAACCUAAAACUCCUGAAGAGCUGGCUCUCGAGGCAGCCGCAGCUGCUGCGGCUAAGGAACAAGAGGCAAAAAACAGGGCAGAAAACAAAGUAAAUGAAGAUGAAACUACUGGCAAGAGGAGGAGAAAAACUCCAACCAGAUUUAGAGAGGCUGUCCAAGGUAAGGAAUUGGAAAAGAUAUUUAUGGAAGAAGGAGUAAUUGAUAAAGAGGAUCAUGAUUCAGUAGUGAAGAAAGAGUUUGCGAUGAAGAACAAAGGUGUAGCUAAAGAGGCAGAGAUCAUCGGCCAUGUCGCUACUUCUGGAGAACCUGUUGUCAUUGUGAAGGGAAAAGGGAGAGGCAGACCUAAAGGAGCGAAGCACCAGCCGAACAAAUCACAGUGUCCGAUCUGCGGGCUGGAGUUCUGGUCGGAGGGCCGCUACAUGUCGCACCUGGCGGCGCACCACCCGCACCGGCCGCUGCACAAGCACAGGCCGCUCAAACCGCACCUGCCGCACUUACAGCAGAACAAUGGUGAAAAUUGCACCACAAUUGAAGUGGAGGUAGAAACUGAACAAGCUGAGACACCAAAGACGUUUGAAGAACAGCAAAUACCUGCCAAUAAUGUAGAUUUUAAAAUACAGAAUAAUACAACAGAAACUAGUGACACGAAUGUUAACAGCGAUGGUAAAAUCGUUGGUGAUACAGUGCCCAGCGAUCCGUUGGACGUGGACAGUGAGGAAACCGUGGAGGCGAGCGGCAAGAAGAAGCUCAAGUGUAAAUACUGUGACAAACUGUUCAGCACGCGACAGAGCAAGUCGCUGCAUAUUAAGGCGGUACACUUCGGCGAGCGUCCGUACGUGUGCAAGGAGUGCGGCGCCACGUUCCCGUACCCGCGCUCGCUGGCGCUGCACGCGCUCGCGCACCGGCGCAGGCGCGGCCGGCGCGGGUACGCGUGCGAUCUGUGUGGCAAGAUCCUGAACCACCCGUCAUCGGUGGUGUACCACAAGCAGUCCGUGCACGCGAUGCAGCGGUUCGUGUGCGGCUCGUGCGGGAAGCACUUCCGGCACCGCCAGCUGCUGCGCCGGCACCAGCUCGUGCACACCAAGGACCGGCCGUUCCGGUGCAAGCUAUGUGAUUCGACAUUUAAGACGAAGGCCAAUCUGUGCAAUCACCAGUUACUGCACUCCGGUGUUAAGAAGUACUCCUGCGACAUUUGCAGGCACAAGUUCUCGCACAAGACCAGUCUCACGCUCCACAUGCGAUGGCAUACUGGUGUGAAGCCGUUCUCGUGCAAGUCGUGCGGCAAGAGCUUCACGCAGAAGGGCAACCUGUCGGAGCACGAGCGCAUCCACACGGGCGAGAAGCCGUUCCUGUGCGCGCUCUGCCCGCGCCGCUUCACCACCUCCUCGCAGCACCGCCUGCACGCGCGCCGACACCAUAGCAAGUUGAACCGCAACAUGUCGGCGACGCCAGAAACGUGUGACGAGUCAACGCUUAGCGGGGAACACAUACAGCUCGUCAUCGACAACGAUCACGGCCAUACUGAUAAGGGCCCAAAACAGAUGAGCCUGCUUGUAAGUGACCGCGUACAGUCCCCGGCAAUAGAAGUGACUCUCACCCCCGAGCAGCUGCGGCACCUGUGCGGCUCCCCGCAACCCCUGCAGCCCCUGCAACCCCUGCAGCCCCUACAGCUGCAGCCCGCCGGGGAAGCGGACGAGGACGGGGAUGGGGAUGAAGUCAUAUAUGUCGCGUAUGAUGUCGACAGCGCUGAUUCGCCCGCCUUCCGGAUUAUUGAUGCGCACCAGGCGGUGAGCAUAGACGAAGACAACGUGGUGAGCACGUGCCAGCUGUUCCCGGCCCGCUCGCCGCUGCACGUGCAGCACACGCCGCACGAGCAGCAGGAGCAGCACACGCCGCUCAUGCAACAGGAGCCGCACGUGCUCAACAUGCAGCAGGUGCCGCAAGUGCAGCACGUGCCGCAGGAGCAGCACCUGCAGCUCGCGUCGCCGCCGCAUGUGCAAUUGCACGAUAUCGUGCAACACCAUGUGGAGGUGAUCCAAGAGCCACAGCAGCACAUCACCAUAGAUGAUGAUGAUGAGGCAGUGGCCGGUCGGGCACCCAUCCAGUUCCGCAUGCAAGACGGCACCCUGCUUGCUGUCACCUCACUCGAUGGAGAAACGUUACAGAUAGUUACACAAGACGGACAGACAAUACCGGUGGAAGUGAAUACGUUCGACGGAGACGUUGUGGAAACAGUAACAUCAAGCGACUCGAUGGACUCCCUCACACUAGUGGAAGAGACCGCCGAGCCAACAGAUGACUUCCGCACUGACAACGCGCACAUCGCACAUUACUUUACCAUCGUUUAAUAUUAUUUUAUAUAAAUUCUUCAAUAAUUUUACAUAAUAAUUGUUAUUCUUGUAAUCUCAUUUUAAUUUCCCAAUCCGUUGUUUUAUUCUAAAUCUAUGUUUAAUUUCAUAAGAUCACUUGUUGUGUCCCAUAAUUCUUAUUUCAACCGAAUGAUUGUUACAAUUAAUUUUAGUAAAUUAUGCAUAAUUGUUUCGAUUUGACUAUCGAUGUAUUUUAAGAUACGGCAAUUGAGAGAUCUCUGUACGUUUAAGGUUUUAUUUAUAAUAAGCAAAUGAUGCUCUAUCGCCGGUAUGUACCGUGUUUGAAUGGAAAUUAUUAAUAAUUUGAUUCUUAAUUUAUUGAUUGUAACUAUGUAGCUAAUUAUUUCAGACAAAUGUUUUAGUUAUUUUAAUCGUUGAUUUUAAAUUAUAAUAAUCGGUUCACAUAAUUUUUCAAGGGUAGUAUUUAGAUUGUGUUGAGUCUAGCUUAAUCUCUACUGUACAAAUACCCUGACUUUGCUCAUGUGUGAACCGGCCUUAACGUUGAUUUAUGUUUUAAUUAAAGUAAUUAUUGUGAUAAUAGAAAUACGAUAAUAUUGUAAGAUGUGAUUACCAACAAGUUAUUAUUUAGUUUAACAAUACUCGACUGCUAAUAAAUGAUUAUUUAUAAUUGAGAUAAUUAAUAAAUUAUUUAAUUUA